CGCACGCGCAGAGGAUCGCCACUUGGUAACGGAGGCAGCGCUGUCGGAGUGUGGACGAGAAACAAACUGCGUUGGCCGAGAAGCACGUUGCUCCAAGGAAGGACUUGCAAGUGAAGUAGGCUUCAUCCACGAGAAGAAACAACUAGGAGCUCGAGGUAGGCCUUGAAUGUGCCCAUGAUGACCAAGACUCCUCCCGACAGAAGAGGGAUCACCUUUGAGGUGGGAGCACAGCUGGAGGCUCGCGACAACCUGAAGAACUGGUACCAGGCCAGCAUAGAGAAGAUCGACUAUGAGGACGAGAAGGUUCUGAUCCACUACCGUCAGUGGAGCCACCGCUAUGACGAGUGGUUUGACUGGACCAGCCCAUACCUGAGGCCCCUGGACAGGAUCCAGUUGAGGAGAAAGGGUCUGCAGGACAAACGGCCCAGCUCGGUGUUUCGGGUGAAUGAGAAAGUCUUGGCCUGUUGGGUAGACUGCCACUACUAUCCUGCUAAGGUUCUGGAAGUCAAAAGAGAUGCUUCCUACACUGUGAAGUUUUUCGAUGGAGUUGUCAAGACUCUUAAGCCAAACAAAGUAAAGCCAUAUAAGAAAGAGAAUGGGAAGGCCAGGGAGAGGGACAGAAGUCAACGUGAGCAGAGCAGUGGGAAAGAGGAGAACGGGAAAGCCCUGAGCGACGAAUCCAAAAGCGGCUCUUCAGACCUGGAUGGAGAGAGCAACGGAGAGGAAAAGGAGAGAAGAGAAGACGGAGAGGAAAAAACGCUGAAUGGCAACUUUGAGACCUGUGGACAGAAAGGGAGCCUAAACGGAGAAAAGGGGGCAGGAGGAGGGAAGAGAGAAGAGCCACAAACCAAAGAGAAUGGGCAGGUUGUCCAAACUAAAUCGGAAGAUGUGAAUGUAGAAGGGGAGCGAGUGAUGCGCAGUACCAAACAACAGGGGGAGAAGAAAGAAGAUUGCGCAUCGGGACAGAGUCCCCAGCUGCCCAGGGGGAACCGGUACCGACCCUCUGAAGAAAGUCAACGUGAAUUGAGGAAGAGGAGGGUGUCUCUUGUACAGAUGCCACCACCAAAGAGGAGAAGGCCAGACACAAGUAAGGACAGAAACAGCCAGUCUCAGCAAGCAGGAUCAGAUUCCGUCCCAGCGUCCCCAGCAUUAACUCCAGACCAGACAAACACCCAGACACCCACAGACGCUGGUAUCGAAGCCCCAUCAGAUAUAGAAUCAAUACUGAAACGCCAAGUCCAUCUGCCUACCACCCACAAGUACAGCAGAGAGCCAUUGUAUCGAGUCAUCAAAAACCAGCCGCCCCCAAUCCUCUCCAUUGAACUGGACCACAACCCCUUCAAGUGCAAGGCCCCUGGCUGUCUGAAGUCCUUCCGGAAGGCCUCUCUCCUGCACUACCACGUCAAGUACUACCAUGCAGACAGCGAGCAUGCCUCUGAGGGCAGCAUGCAAACCCAGGCCUCAGAGAAGCAGGUUGGCUCUCAGGAGACACCCAGGAGGAGACGCACCAUGUCAGGUUCUAUACACUCUCCCCUGGGUGACAGGCAGGCUGCUAAUGGGAUGAACAGUAAUCGUCGGAGAUCACUGAGUGAGAAACGGAAGGAGAACCAGCAAACCAACAGCAGACCCCAUGAAGAAAGAGAAUGGAGCGCCAGUGAAACUGGGGAAAAGAUUAGAGGGAAGACUGAAAGAGACUUCCUCUUCAAUAAACAGAAGAAAAGGAAGAAGACUGGGAGGUCCAAGUCAGAGAAUACGAAUGGUGAGGAGAACAUAGGCAUCUCCUUAUUUAACUCCACUCAGUCCAAUCUGGUAUCCAAAUUCUCCCUCUUGCACAAACACAAGUUAUCUUACGACUCAAGUCCAGAACACAUCACAGAUCAGGUGCAAGAAGACGAUGAAAGUGAUUGGUCCACUGUCAGUGCUGAGUGGAGUGAUGAGUACAUGGAGGCGGAGUUGGAUGUGACCACUCCCAUGUCGGAACAGAAUGUAUCCAUGGUGACCAAGGGCUCUGACACAGUGCGCUGUGUCUGUGAGGUGGAGGAGGAGAAUGAUUUCAUGAUUCAGUGUGAUGAAUGUCUGUGCUGGCAGCAUGGCACCUGCAUGGGCCUCUUUGAGCACAAUGUGCCUGACACUUAUAGCUGCUACAUUUGCAGAGACCCACCAGCCCAGAGACCGAGCCAGCGUUACUGGUAUGACAGGGAUUGGCUGAGCAGUGGUCACAUGUAUGGCCUGUCUUUCCUGAAUGAGAACUACUCCCACCAGAACAGGAAGAAGUUAACGGCCACUCACCAGCUCCUGGGUGACGUUCACCAUGUCUUUGAGGUGCUCAACGGCCUGCAGCUUAAGAUGAGCAUCCUCCAGACUCAGACACACUCUGACCUGAAGCUGUGGUGCCAGCCCUGGAAGCAGGAGGAGAAGCUUGGUAUGAGCUGCAGUAUGGCGACCAGCAGGACCCCUUCACCUGCAGCCAACGACCGAGAGGGAGGCGAAGCGCUAAAGGCAAUGUCAGUCUCCGCCCUCUCUGAGAAGGCCAAAAGGGUUCAGAUGAGCCCAACAUCCUUCCAGGACUCGAACGCUUCCUACAUCAGCAGUGAGCACUGCUACCAGAAACCGCGAGCGUACUACCCAGCGGUGGAGCAGAGGCUGGUGGUGGAGACACGGGGAGGCUCUGAGCUGGAGGACAGUCUGAGGAGCACAGAGAACCUGCUCGAACAGGAGCAACGCUAUGGUGGCCCACUGGACCCAGACAGAGCCAAACUGUACCCCAGCUCCCUGCUGCAGGACCGGGCCAAGAUUCACCCCAUUACCCUACAACCAGACGAGGGUCUGGAUUUGUAUAAGAAGGUGUAUGUGGGUAGGGAGAGUGAAGUAGAGGUGAAGACUGAAGAGGCUGAACCCAGCCCAGACAUAAAGCCAGACCCAGAAAAAGACUAUGUGCUGCAUCAGCAGUGGCAGAUCAACCUUUUGGAUCACAUAGAGGCCAUGCAGAACCAAGUCACACACAGGAUGGACCUCAUUGAGAAAGAGCUCGAUGUGUUGGAGAGUUGGCUUGACUACACAGGGGAACUGGAGCCUCCCGACCCGUUGACCCGGCUGCCUCAGCUCAAACACCGUAUCAGACAGAUGCUCACAGACCUGGGCACGGUGCAGCAGAUCUCCCUCUGCUCCUCCUAAACAUGAGGGCGCCACUGAGCUCAGCACUUCACCACAUGCAUCCAUGUAUGGUAUCUUGCAACAAUGAUACAGGAUAAAUUGGACUACUUUUCUGAAAUGCAAGAAAAAUAAGAACAUAACCAUGUUCAGCGCUUUUGAUUGUAAGUUAACUCAUCCUAAUAAUGUAGUUCUUGUAAAAAAUGAUUAAUACUUGCUUUGUUUUUGCUAAAAUAAUCUAUCUGCUUUUUUGAUUAAAGUUCAUGAAUGACUUUGCUAAAAGGUUCAAAUAAGGUUGAAAUGUAGGCCACUAUAGGCUUCAUUCUACUGUAAUUCUAUUAAGAUUUGUGUUACCUUACCAAUUUUUGUUCAAUGUAAGCAAAUAGGAUUUGAUGUAGAUAUUCAAGUUCAAAUGCAUAUUUUGGAUCAGGGUUGCAGUUAAAUGCAUAUUUUAAAAAAUAGCUUAAUGAUGUGUUUUAAGAUCAUAAAAUAAGUAUUGAAAAAGAGCGAAAGUUUCUUUUUUAAAGGGAGGGAAACUAUUUUCAUAUUUGCAAAUAAAUAUUGUCCUGUCUUGAACUAGUCCAGAAUGUUCUUGAACUUAAUAAAUGUUCCCUUCCUCAUAAAUAUUGAUGUAGUACAGUAAGAGUUAUUCUUUAAAGUACAUUGUUUGCAAAAGCCUCAAUGUUGGCAAACUAGAUUUUGUAAAUUGUAAUAUUUCUCAGAUUUUUAGAUAUUUAGUUGUGAUGUUUGGUUUUUUGUAUGUUAGAGAAGUCAAUCUUACUGGUUAAGUAUCCAGAACUUAUUUCAUGUUUUUCCAUGUGGGCACUGUGCUCUUGUCUUUAUUUAUUGUGAUUCAGAAUUUAAUUCAUGGUUUUUCUUUUUUUUUCUCUUUGUCACACAGUAAGUAAUGUGUAUGGCACAAGGUGCAUAGAGUAUAGGACUGUCACAGUAUAUUUAGUACUGCAAUACCUAGUACAUGGCCUGUACACUAGUGACUGAUGGGUCAGCUUUUCUGUUCACCCGCAAUUUCUAUUGACUCAUCCGCAAUUGCUAAUAACCCAUCUGUAACCACCCGACUGUCCUAAAGAGAAAAUCUGAGACCCGCACCCGACCCUAACCUGUAAAUAUAGAAAGAUGUGUAGGUCCCUUUUUCUCUUGAACAAUUACAUUUUUGUUAAACAUUUCUUGAACAUUUAGGCCUAUUGAAUGCCUAAUGUUUUGUAGAUGUUUUUUAUUUUUCUCCCCCAAACAGUAGCCCAACUUGGCACCUUGCGCAAACUUACGCACUAUUGCUCGAUUAAAAAUAAAAUAACCUCUACGUAGCCUAUAGAUAUGAAUUAUACAUGUAUGAAUUCUUUAUCUUUGCAUGUGAAAUGGGUAUUGGACAUCUGACUUUAUUUUGACCCAUUUCAGACUUCUUUGUUGUCCCUUACUGUUUGUUUGAAUGGUUAAUAUUUUAUUUCAGCUGUACGUUGGCAUACAGUGUCAGUUAUUUAGAUUGUUUUUCAAGAGUACUGAGAUGUAGCUUUACCCAGAGUCCCAACACUAGAAUGGUGCUGUUUUUAAACUAGUAAAGGUGCAGUAACUCCAGUCAACUGUGGUAUUUUGGACGCAGCAUACUGCACUGGAACUGCACUCUUUUUAUAAGGGUUUGUUUAAGAAAUAAUUAUUUCAGAUUUCCAUGCAAGAAAAUAAACCAGUUUUAUCUAAAUUA